AUGUUUGAAAAAGUAAGCGGAAUUGCAUUGUUGGACAGAAUUGGUGUGCAUUCGCACAUACAUGGUCUAGGAGUAGAAGAUGACAAUCAGAAGGGAUCAGUGAAGGAGAGUUUAGAGUCACUUGACAAACAAUCUAGCACAGAAAACCAUUCAGGCAUCGUUGGAAGAGAAAAAGAGCGGAAAACGCUGUUUCUUCUAUCUAAACUAGUGGAAACACACAGAGGGAGAACUAUUUUAAUUACUGGAGAGACGGGAACUGGAAAGUCUGCGCUGGAAUAUGCGCUUUCUGUUGAUCUCAAAAGAAAGGGGGUGCCGUGCAAGACAAUUUCUGCAAGUGAAAUAUUCUCAAGCUCACUGAGCAAGACAGAGUCACUCACACAGGCAAUUAGAGAGUCACUCGGAAUAAAGGUACAGGAAACAACAAAAGUACUUGAGGGAGAGGUAGUGGACAUUCAGUGCGACAGAGAAAAGGGGACAUCUGGCAGGGUUAUAUUGAAAACUACAGAGGUUGAGUCUGCGUACACAUUUGGUGCUGGUCUUAUACAGGCAAUGAAUGCAGAGAGGAUAGAGGUAGGAGACAUAAUCACAGUGAACAAAAGCACGGGGAUGGUUAGAAAGAAAGGAAGGUCACUGUGCCAGAACAGAGAUCACGAUGCGAUUGGCCCUAUAAGCAAGUAUAUACCAUGCCCAGAAGGAGAAAUACUAAGAACACAGGCAGAUACACACACAGUGACUCUUCAUGAGAUAGAUGUUCUUAACAGCAGGCAGAGUUCUAUGAGAAUGUCUACAGGAGAGAUACCUGCAGAGAUAAGAGAGGCAGUGAAUAAUACUAUGAAGGAGUGGAUAGAAGAGGGAAGGGGAUCGCUUGUUACAGGUGUACUAUUUAUUAAUGAGUCAGACUUACUUGAUGCAGAGUGCUACUCAUUCCUUAACACGCUCUCUGAGAUAUCUGUCUCACCAGUUAUCAUUCUAAGCACAAACAAAGCCACGCUCACAGAAGAACAGGAUUCUACAGAAAAAGACAGAAACCUACACGGAAUGCCCGAUGAUUUCUACUCACGCGUCCUGGAGAUUAAGCUCAGUAAGUACAGCGACAAUGAAAUCCGAGAAAUAGUAAACCUCCGGGCGAAGGAAGAGAGUGAAAAUCUAGAACCAGAAGGCGCGGGCGCAGUUGGUGAUUUAGCAGUAACCUACGGACUGAGAUAUGCAUUUAAUAUUCUAUCAGCAUUAGAUGUAUACGCAGACAGAAUAGGCAAGAAAAUAGGUGCACACGAGGUCAAGGAAAUGAUAGAAAUAUUCCCGCCAGUACAUGCACACAUACACUAA